CUUCACACACUCUUGCUGGCCCAGACCAUAAUACUGGCUAGGGCCUUGUUUCCUACAGAAAAGUAGGAUUGUAGUAGAUCCCUUCUUCAAUGUGGGAUGCUAGAGCUCCUCCUGCUGUCUCCUCUUUCCCUAGGUACUGAGGGGAAGGCAUGUGCUCUGCAGAAUGACUCUGAUUGUGGAGUCUCGGUACCUGGUACUCCAGAAAGCUCCAGGAAAUUAUUGGUCUCCUAUACCGGCUAUUACAUCUUUGAACGGGUGAGUGGCCCCAGCGGUCCUGCUGGAACUGCAGCUACUGCUGCUCUGGCUGUCCUGGCUGGUGUGAUUCUCCUGGAUGGCAAUUACCUCAUGUUGGUUGGGCUUGAAGGAACGGAUGCUGCUGAACAUAAGGCUCCUCAUAAAGAGAAACUGCUCAGGUGCCCGGUGGUACUUCCUGCUAAGGCACUGACAGCUCCUUGAUCCCUGGAUGCUCCAAGCAGUAGUGUCUGUUCUGCCACCCUCAGACAAGACUGGCUGCCAUGUGCCUCCUUGACCAUCAACCAGGGGGAAUGUGAAGUGCGAGGCUGCUGCUGCAAUACUAGGGACAGGAUAAAGCCUUGAUACUUUGGUAACACAGUGACAGCUCAAUGCACACCAGAUGGGUGGUUUUCCAUUGCCAUCUCUUGGGAUGUGACCCUGCCACUCAUUAUCCUGGUCUCUGUGCAACUGGCUAGUGGACGCAGUAUUGGCUGUGUCCUUGUCAUGAAAAACAAUGCCCUUGUUGUUUACCAGUCCCCACUUUCUGCCCGUGGCCCCACUUUUCAGGUAAGUGCUGCAGCUGUUACUAGACUAGAAGAGCAGGAACUUGCAGAUGUGGAACAUCCUGCUUCUGUCCUAGGUGAAAGCUAUACUGCCUACAAUAUUGACAGUGACUAUCCUGUUGCAAAGACCCUGAGAGACGCUGUCUGUGCAGAAGUCGAGAUCCUUCAGAGACCAUACCCAUCCUUGAUUUUGGUCCUGCACUUCUGCUGGGCUACACCUUGUAUCAAUCCCCAGCAACAGCUGCUGACUUUUUUAACUGCUGGCCUUUCCUUCUCAGGGAACAACUAUCAGACACAUCUGGUGCCGAGUCUUGCCUCAGGACCAGUGUUCCCCUCUCAUCACCAGCAUUUUGCCCUCUACACUUUCGCCUUUGUUGACUCCACUUCCCAAGAGAUGCUCUCUGGACUGGUGCACCCACAGCACAGUGCCUCACUGUGCCACCAGCUCGUACAGGAGUUCUACACCACUUGUCCUGCUAGAGCCGGUAAGUAUCCAAGCCUUUACUGCUUCUGCAUUCAAUGGGAUGAAAAAGGUCUAACCUUCAGGCUGGAAGGAGGGGGAUGAGCAGGCUAUGGACUAGAUCCCUUGAGCCAUGGACAGCUUGACAAGGCAUUUCUUUCUGCUUUCCACAGAGGAAGGGCCCUUCCCUUUAUGCAAAAAAAGGCAGAGGUCUUUAUAUGCUCUUAAAUCUGUGUUUACUCACAAGGAAGGCUUGGCCUUCUGAGCUUGUUGUAUGUUGAGAAGCUGACCUGGACAAAGUUUGCUGGCCUUCAGGGUUAUACAUUUUCUUAAAAUCAUAGAAUCACCAGGUUGGAAAGGACCCAUUGGAUCAUCGAGUCCAACCAUU